UGAAAUCUGUUUGGUAGUAGAGUAACUAUCUUUUGAGCUCUAUAUUUCAUAUGUGCGAAUGCGCUUGAGUUUUAUUUAUUGAACCGCUUUUCCUCUUUUCCUUUUCAUUGUAGCGCCUGCUAAUGGAAGCGUAUAUACGACAAAAGCGCGCCUCUCCUGGAAUGGUGCAGGCCAGCGACUUACAAAUAACCCGUCCUAUGUCCGGACUGCGCACAUCAACGGACAAUAGCCGCGAGCUGCAUGCUUACGAUGGUCCCAUGCAGUUCAUCAGCUCACCACACAAUCCCGAUCAAUUAUUAAGCAACAGCACCGCCACCACCUCACCAACAACAACCACCGCCAUUUCUAGUAACAGCAUGGUCAGCACAAAUGGCCGACAGCGCGGCAGUAAUUCGAACAAUGGGCGCCCGCGGACAGCUCAUGGGACGAGCCACAUCAUCAAUCAGGAUGAUUUAAUUGAGGAGAUAUCGUCGCAUGAGCUUGAAGACGACGAAAGUAGUCCUGUCAACCACGUCAUCAUCAACGGACAAAGGCAAAGACAACGUCAACAACAACAAAUGCAAGAGCAUCAACAACACUCAUACAGCCACGACCGGGACAGCAGCACAUUGGACGAAGACGAUUACGCGAAUCGCAAUAUUGAGGAAGCAGCGCCCGUAAUGCCUUUGAACCACAGCAUCGUUGCCACCACCAAUGCACCGCGCAGCUCAUCGGCCCACUCGUCCGGCUCUGCGAACAUCACUGCCAACUACUCAAACAGUGCACAACAAACGACCUCGCCGGUGGACGCUAGCGGCGAACCGGAAGGCGAUGUCGUCGGCAACAUGGAGCAAUUCGUUAUGCAGCCGGCGUCGCAAGGUGUGCUCUUUAAGUGCCGCAUAACCCGCGACCGCAAGGGUAUGGAUCGUGGACUGUUUCCUAUCUACUAUUUACAUUUGGAGCGGGAUUACGGAAAGAAAAUAUUCCUCUUGGGAGGACGCAAACGAAAGAAGAGUAAAACAUCCAACUACAUUAUCAGCUGCGAUCCUACAGACUUAUCGCGCAACGCGGAGGGCUUCUGCGGCAAAUUGCGUUCAAAUGUGUUCGGUACCUCGUUUACUGUGUUCGAUAAUGGCAGCAAGGAUAGCACAGAAAACCCCCGGAACGACUUGGCAGUUAUCAUUUACGAUACCAAUAUACUAGGUUUCAAAGGACCACGCAACAUGACUGUAAUACUGCCCGGCAUGACGGAGGAAGACCAACGCGUAAAAAUCAGUUCGGCUGAUCCCAAACAGCAGGGUAUACUUGACUUGUGGAAGGUGAAGAAUAUGGACAACAUAGUGGAGUUGCAUAACAAAACGCCCGUCUGGAAUGAUGAAACACAAUCAUAUGUACUCAAUUUUCAUGGGCGCGUUACGCAGGCAUCGGUUAAGAACUUUCAACUCGUACACGAUUCUGAUCCCGACUACAUAGUCAUGCAAUUUGGACGUACCUCCGAGGAUGUAUUCACCAUGGAUUACCGUUAUCCAUUGUGUGCACUGCAAGCUUUUGCCAUAGCAUUGAGCAGCUUUGAUGGCAAAAUAGCUUGCGAGUAGAAAGCGAAGAAAAUGGAGGAGAAAUAAGAGCGACAAAUGAGAGGACAUCAAAAUAAAACCAAACAAUCAUAACAAAAUAAUAGAAAGCAAAUGCAAUUAUUUAUGUCAUUUAAACAUAAAAAAUUAAAUUAAACUUAACGCAACAGAGUACGGUUCAAAUCAAAAAAGUGCACGAAUUUACUAAAAAAAAAAUGGUUGCCUUAGUUGAAAGCGUUUCAAAGCGCUUAAGAUUUACCUAUGCGCGUGCACCCACUCGAUUAAACUAAUAUUUUUUAUAUGUACAUAUAACAGUAGAGAUUUGAAAAGAUAUUAAAAACACAAUUGAAGAAAAUUUAUACAGCUGAAAGAUAUUUAUUAAUUUAAAAUGUAGAAUACUGUAACAGAGCUAAACAUUAUGAUGCGAUUAGACCAACAUAAAGUAAGAAUACAAAAUCUAAUGAUUGUUAAUAAUGCAUCUUUAGAAAGAAAUCUGCAUACAAUUUUGGAAUAGAGUUUUACACAUUUACAUACUUCUUUAAGGUUGAACCGAAAAUGGAAGCAGAACUUUUGUUAAACAUUUUAUUGCAAGAAUCCAUUAUUUACUGCAUUAAUUUUUAAGCCCGAGCGCACUUUUCUAUAAGAUUAUUACUACUUUGUCUGUCCGUCCGCGUAUGUAUACGGAAGCUAAACAAAAAAUUGUGGUAAAUAAUAUUUGUACGGAAAUUGGCGAAAAGAGGCGAUAAAAUGAUAACAAUUCAGACUUUCACAGAGUUCCUCGCAUGUCUUGAUGAAAUAAAAGCCGAGAUGUUUAACUCUUAGUUUCGCGGAAGCAGAGCACUGAGAAGAAGUGCCGUUACCCUGUCAGGAAAUAUUACCUCAAGGGUGUCCUGCCUAGCCUAAUCAUCAGCCAUGCAGUUUUCUGUCUUGUCACUGUGUAGCUGACUUCCUAAACGUCAAUUGCUUUGCAUACGUACAA